AUGGUAGCAGCCGAUUCAGAGCCUUCUUACCAAAAGGUCAGUAAAGGUUACGGUAAAGGCGUAUCCAAGGGAUUCAGUGGCAAAGGAUUCAACGGAUAUAACAAAGGGUACAACGGAUUCAAUAAAGGGUACAAUGGAUUCAACACAGGGUACAAUAGAUACAACACGGGAUAUAUGGGAUACAACAAUGGAAUGAUGAAUCCUAAUUUCGGUUUCAACGGAUUCAACAGAGGUUUCAACGGUUUUAACGCAGGUUACAACGGAUUCAACAAUGGGAACAAUGGAUUCAACAAUGGGUACAACGGAUUCAACAAUGGGUACAACGGAUUCAACCAAGAUUAUAUGGGAUCCAAUGGCUACAACGGAUUCAGCAACGGUUACAAUGGCUACAAGAAAGGAAACAGCAUGUCCAAUGGCGGUAUGUACGGAAGUUUUGGCUCGCCAAUGGGAAACGGAUUCAAUAUGAACCGUCGAGUCUAUCCUGGAUAUCCAAGAUUUGGUGGAAACUCCUACUCCGUAUACCGACCUAGGGGCUAUUUCGGGGAUGACGACGACUACAAAUUUAGUGGAAACUUCCCAAGUCAAGUUAUGAGAGGAUCUUUCUCCCAGCGCCCCUCCUUUGGAGGGUAUAAUAGCGGUUACAGGGGAAUGUCCAUGAACAGAUUUGGAGGUCCCUACCAAGGAUUUAACAUGUUUAGGUCUUCAUAUCCUAAAAUGGGAUACAAGUCCAGCAUGUCAACCAAAAAGAUGGAAAAGGGGAUACGAAUAAACGCUAUCAAUUGUCAGCGUGUUAGUCCGAUCAAUGGUCAGCGUGUUAGUCCGAUCAAUGGUCAGCGUGUUAGUCCGAUCAAUGGUCAGCGUGUUAGUCCGAACUGA